UUGCUGCAUGCUGUACUGUCUGCCCCGUAGCAAAUGCAUGCAUGCACACCUCUUACACAUUGCACGCCAGACACGAGCUGCAGACCAAUUUAACUUUUGCCAACUUUCCAUGACCUGCCACCUCCCGCAAUCUGUAUUCAACCCAACGACAGGGUGGUCAGGUAGUAUUCGGGGACAUUCCGGCCCACCGAGGCACUACCACCAACUCAACCAAUCCAUCCAUCCAUCCUCCCUCCCAACUCCCCACCCUACCAUUCGCACUCAACGACUCGCUCGGCCAAGUGAAGUGAUGGCUGUCGAGUCGUGCGAAGUGUCCGUAUGAAACUGUCAAACCUCACCAAACCGACGACGCCUCCGAUUCGUGUCCAAGGUCAUCGACGAUCCACCUCGCGCUAGCAUAUGCCCGCCAAGCCUAGAAUUGCCCACCGCACCAUUUCUAUACGGGGCAGACUACUCGACUUCUCCCAAUUAACCAGUUCAUGCCUACCUCUCACCUGGAUGAGCAAAGCUGAAGCCGCUCAAAGUACACCAAGCGGACAGAAGAAAACCCAUGGCAGGGUUGCUGCCGCAGAACAAACAACCCCAUAGCAAAAAGUCCCGUCGCUAUCACACCGCAUGACCUAUGAUGAUCCUCCGCCAGACCGACCAAAAAAAAAAAGAGACAUAACCACCAAGCAAACAAAGUAGAAUCAUUAUUGGCGGGUCCGCUGGCCUGGGACGCCGGUCAACUUGACCACCCAACCUGCGUUAGCCACUUAACUUACCACCAUGCAUGACCCCAACGACCUACCCUCGUUGCGCGCGACUUUCAGACUUCAGGGUAGCAAAGCCCUUGAGAAAAAUGAAUGGUUCGAUGUCAGAUUUUACCCUUACACUCCGCCUGGGGAGGACCCUGUCUUUGCUGCUGUUGGUGGCCGCUUUGCCGUUGUAUGCCGCUGCCUUCAAGAUGACUCGUCUACCAUCCAAGUGUUGCGCGAGUUCAGCGAUGAUACGACCGAGAGUAAAUUCAACAGCCUCGAAUGGUCCCAAGCUCCCAAUGGAGACCCUCUGUUGUGCAUCGCAGGAGACCCUGCUCGAAUCCACGUUCUCAACGUCAUUACUGGCCACUUGACCUCCACCCUUAUAGGCCACGGCUUCAGCAUCAACGACCUCGCAGUGUCCCCUGUAGACCCUACCAUCCUGGCUUCAUGCUCCAUGGAUCACUCCGUCAGGUUAUGGAGUCUUGAUCCAGCCCACCAGAAACAACCAACGGCUGCCAUCUGUUAUGGUCAAGGCCAUCAGGAGCAAGUCUUAACCUUGGCAUAUCAUCGUAAAGGCAAGUAUAUUCUCUCUGCUGGUAUAGACACCAGGAUAAAUCUGUGGAUGGUGCCGGACGACCUCAAGAGUCGGGUGGGGACGGACAAACCCGCUCUGAUACACUAUCCCCAUUUUGCAACGACCGAAGUCCACAACGAUAUAAUCGAUUGUGUGCGGUGGUACAACGACCUCAUCCUCUCUCAAGCAAGGCAAGAAAACAAAAUUCAGCUCUGGAAGAUUGACAAUUUCAAUUCAAAUCGCCCUCCUCCCGAUCCUGCACCUCCACCUCUUCCGACGAUUGUAGAUAGCCGCACCGUAGUCACGCUCCCCUCAUCGUCCAUCAGUGGUACUCGCUCGGCGUGGGGCGGCCGUUUCCAACGUCUCUUGCAGUUCGAAUUACCAGGUCUUGAUUCUUUCUUUGUUCGAUUCAGUCUCUUCCAUGAGCCCGGCGCACAUCCCGUGCUCGCUGCAGGGAACCAAAAGAGUAAGAUAUUCUUCUGGGAUUUGGAGCGUAUCGAAGGUCUCGGCAUGGGUGAAGAUAGUUCCAAAAACGACAACGAUAGCAAUCCCACCAGCAAGAAUGGCGAGGCUACAUCUAGGACGUCUAGCCGAUCCAAUACAAGCACAGUGAAAGCAUCUUCGCGUGCGGCCAAGACCAAGAAAAAGAGCUCAGCGAAAACAUUUGGGAUCGGCAACCCAUUCCAACCUUUACCAGCACACAAGGCAAUUGAGCUACCAAACUACACCAUGCUCUAUCGUCACCUUAGCUGGAGUAGAGAUGGGCGGUGGUGCGUGGGAGUGGGAAGUUACGGUGUCAUGACUAUUACGCAACGAUGGAAAGACGGUGCGCCGCAUCUCAAUAGCAGCGACGCAGCGCCAUCUUUGGAGCCAUCUUUGGAGCCAUCGUUGGAGCCAUCGUUGGAGCCAUCUUUGGAUCCAUCUUUGCAGUCAUAUUUGCAGUCAUAUUUGGAGCCAUCCUUGGAGCCAUAUUCUUUGGAGUCAUCUUUGGGGCCAUAUUCUUUGGAGUCAGCUGUAGAGCCAUCUGUGGAGUCAGCUGUAGAGCCAUCUUUGGAGUCAGCUGUAGAGCCAUCUUUGGAGUCAGCUGUGGAGCCAACUGUGGAGUAA